AUGUCUGCAGAUAUAACUCUACGGCAGGUUAUGGGGACCCUGGAGAGUAGAAAGGGAGAUUUCACGAAGUCUUUGAAAGAUCUCAAUGAUAUGUUUUAUCCCCACAAGGCUGCUAAUAUCGGCCAGCACAUCAAUGGACAACUUCAAAACAAGACAUACGACAAAUUGUUCGAGAUCUUAUUCGAAAUUGUCAUUGAGGAGAAACGAAAGUAUUUAGGCAAGUCGAAAAGGCCAACAGUGAAAGUAUCGGCCACUAGGCUAGAACUAUGUGCUAAGGCCAUAAAUUACAUCGUGACUACUGGAGUACACAGGUUCGAGAAAACGACUGUCAACGCUCUGAUUGAGCAUAUUCUUGAUACGAUCCCGAUAUCAAAUAAGGAUUUCUGUCAGCCAAUAUUAAGUGACUAUCUCAAAGCACUGGGCUGUUUGCUCGGGCAACCAGCAAUUGUAGCAAGCCUCAAGAAUCUUCGGGUCGAAAUCAUCGACCUCUCCAUUAUGGGUAUCGAAUUGUACCUCGGAGAUACUGGUGAAGAUCUAUCACAGUCUGGCAAUGGGGCUGGUCACCCAUCACUGCCUAGGUCUUCCUCUGGGCUUGGAAGUAUACCAAGGGUACAAAGUUCAGUAUCUCAGCACAACGUAGAAGAACUUUGCCAAAUCCUCUUCUCGCUUCUCUAUUCUACCAAUAAUCCUUCAUUUCCAAUUGUUGAGAGAGUGGCCGCCGUAAUCAUGCGCUUGCUGCAGUACCAUAUUUCGAGUGUAAGCAAGCUACAUCAAGUAGCAUUUUCAGUCCUUAAUAUCGUUUUAUCAUGUUUCGGUGAAGAUCACACCUCAUUUUCGUUUUCAAUUGGCCGAGAGUUGCUUCCUUUGAUAUGUCGAUUUUGGCAAGUUAAAGCACUGCACAAAGACGAAAUGGUUAACUCUGUCCGAGAUGAAAUGCUGAUUAGUUUGUACUACACUCAUCUACACCUGGAGAGCAAUAUCAUAAGCGAUGAGGAUGUCGAGCUGCAUAGUGAUUUGAAUGAUUUACUUGACGCCUUGAGAGCAGAUUACUUUCGGCGAACAGACAAUGAUCAGCUUCAAUUGGACGAUGUGGAGAUUCUAAAUUUGAAUACUCGGAAGAUAAACUGCGAUCCUUUUCGUCUACAUUGCUUCCGACUGAAAUCUCACAAUAAUCGCGCGGCCGAGCGUAAUUGGGCAAACCUACUCGCUCUGGCCGUCCUAGAACGAUUGGUGAGAGUCAAAGAGCACGUGCUUCAAGUGAAACCCAAAUCAGGAGUUGACUUAGAUAACCAUCCACGAAAGCGUCAACGUAUCUCACAGUCGUCUGAAAGACUACUUGACCCCCUCAAAUCCGGCGAUCAGAAAGUACUAUUGGCCGGUUUGCAAUUGAUCCCAUUCGUACUACAAAGCUGCAAACUCUCAGCCUCUUCUCUAGAAGAAUUACUGGAUCAAUUGAGCAAUUUUGCUUUGGACAAGCGUGGUAACAUUGCAUCAUGGGCAUUACUUGGUAUAGCAAGUUGUACUUAUCAAGUACGUGCUGCAGACGGAUCAUCAAUAGACUGGAAACAGCACUGGUAUAAUGGAGCUAAAGCGCUCACUUUUGCGGGAACCUGUCGUGCUGCUGCUCUAGCACUCCAUACAAUUCAUGCCAAAUGCCUCUUAGAUUAUCGUGAUAUUGAAGACAGUGUAAACGCCAUCAUCACCACGGCUGAUAUCAGUGGCCCGCCAGUCCUUUGUGACUCGUCGAUUUUUCUGAUUAAUCACUUGUUGCAAGUUAAGGUUCAUGAAGCUCCUGGCACGAGCCUGGCUGCCUACCAGCAUGUGAUCCGUUGGCUUUUCGGAAGAUGGAAUCCAGCUGACAGAUUAUUUAUUGUUCAAUACGGGAAACAUUUGCACCCUUUUAGCAUCAUUGCAUUGAUAAGAACAAGCCUUGGCCUACCGGGACUGUCUGAUAAGUCAAAUAGUCGCCAAAUAGGAGGCGCGCUGUUUCAAGCAUGGCAACAACACUUAGAUAAUGAAAAGGUUCUUCGUUAUCUCCUACUACUUGAUGCCGACGAACCUGUCGAUGCAGAUUUUACCUGCCAACACUGUCCGAAGUCUACGGCUGAUGAUGAUGUUAUCUUUCGAUUGGAUAGUGCUCACUUUGGUUCUACCCAAAGAAUGAUACUCGAGUUCUUGUCAUCAAAGUGUAGCGAGCUUCUACUAUCUUGGAGAGGCUUCAAUACGGAACGAUCGCAGGUUUCAACUGAUAUGUAUCGAGGCUCACUAAAUACAUGCAUCACGAGUCUCCAUUUACUACCACAUUUUGCCAACGCUAAUUUAGAGCAAUUAUCCCUUCUAAGGGAUGACCUGCGGGAUUUGAGCGAUGAGUUAUUGGAAUACCUCAGACGCUCAGAUGCUAAAGACUUUUCCGCCACCAAAGAGUUUGUCCAUACUAUCUUGCAAACAAUCCAACCCCAUCUACCUCCUUGUGACACUGCUCAAUUCAAGCAUUUCGCAGAACACAAUUCUCAACUGCUGCAGUUCCUGUCCCUUAUCUCGGGAUAUAUCAAAAGUCGCCGUUUAGCUGAAGAGUCAAUUCCAGAGCGUGAUGAUGAUCCCAUGGAUAUCGACGAUGAAAUUUCUAGCCAGAGAAGUAACUUGUCAACGGAAGCACAGAGAUUGAACAUCCCUAGGCGAGCUAUGGCGCUGGAAAUGAGUUCUUCGUCUUUUUAUAUAGAUACAAUAGGCCGACUGAUGUUGACCGCCGACCUGAACGAGUCCUCUGAAAGCUGUGUAGUAUCAAAUUCUUUUAUUGAAGAGCUGGUCUCUAUGAAGCAUGAAGAACUACUCUCAUGUCGUCCACUCAUGCGCAGUAUGCUUGAGUCAGAUCUCAUUCUGAAUGAGAUAGAUGCAUAUCGCAUAUUCGAGCGCGUGGGACAGAUUCUUUCAUCAGAUGAUUUCCUUGCCAGCGAAGUUGCCAUGUGCGCAUGCUUGGACGUAAUGAUAGGACUUUUGCCUUUUUGGUCAAUGGAAGAGCAGAAUUCUUUUGUGAAUCACGCUAAGCAAUUGUAUGAUUGGUUUAUAAUGCGGAUCCGGCGAAACGCCGAUUCCACAAUCGUGCAGCUAGGCAUUGUUAAUCUGCUAUUACAACUGUUGCGAGUAAAUCAGAACUAUGGAAAUGCCCCUUCUCAGCCCUCACCGCGUACAAGUCUACUGGAGCUCCUAGAGAAAGGCAAUACUGCUACUAAAUUCUUCAUUGGCGAUCAGAUUUCGACAAUAUUCGAACUUUUUACGCUGAAGGAGCAUGACAAAAUCUUUGUAGAUGUGCUUGCACUUUUACCUUCUGCACCAGAAUUGUGGGAAGGGAUCGCGUUUCGACUUUACGUCCUGGCAAAACUAGCUUCCCGUUGGUCAACUCUUCUGCGAAGAUGCAUUUAUCAUAUUUUCGAAAUUCCGGGUAGGAUUCCGGGCACUAUUCGACAUGCUACUCGGUGCUUGUUCGAUGUUGCUUCUGCGCUCGCAGUAGACUGUCCGCAGGAGCUUUUCGCAUUGUUUGCGCCUCAAAUACUCUAUACUUGGCUCGAGGCAGAGGCGAUAGAGGGCAUACCAUACCAAAUCUUUGGCUUCGACACUCUCGGCAACUUAUUGGCAUCCGUUCAGGAAGAGGUGUCCGCUUUGAUAAUGAUGCGGGGUGAUGAUGCUCAACUAGAACACCUCGCUGAAUUGUUGAAGAUUCCUGUUGUCAAACUGCUUGAGAAAUGUUUUGCCAAAAUCACGGCAUACUGUAUUGCUAACGAGAUAAGCAUAUCACCUUCGAGUGGCAAGAAACAUAAAGGUGAGCAUCGGCUGAAAACAUGCCUCGGUGAGGAAUUGUACUUGGAAUGCGUCAAUUUGCAUUUCACAGAUAUACUUGCAACCCUGUUUAAUGUUAUAGAUCAAGAGCAACACGUGGAAAAGUCAUUUGCCAAAGAGGAGAGCUUAGGAUAUGCCGCAAAAAUCAUGGGAGAGAUCAAAUCUCUGAGCUCGUCUGAGAUGAUCUUGCCUCCCAAUCAGCAACCUGCAUUCAAGGCAAAGUACCUCUUUCACGAAAUCAAACUCUUGUGUAAGAGAACAGUGCAUAAGGCAGGUGAUCUAUACACCCCAAGCUUAGUAGCUUUCAUUGCUAGAAGACUGCUGAAGACUAUUCACCCUGCACUUGGUUCGCUGCAUGCUUGCUCGGUGUUGCGAAAGCUUCGUGUUCUUAUCUCACUUGCCGGAAGCGCUGUAACCGAAGGUUAUCCUCUGGAAAUGCUUCUAAGAUCCAUAAGGCCCUUUCUCAAGGAUCCUGAAUGUGCUGAUGAUGCUAUUGGCAUUCUGCAAUAUCUGCUGAGUCAUGGUUCUGAGCAUCUAAAGCUCUACCCAUCUUUUGUUGCAAGCAUUACCCUUUCGAUACUCGGAUCUCUGCACGUAUUCAUGCAGGAGCGUAGGUCUAGCACCACCCAGGAAAGUCAACACCAAGCGACAAUGUCCAAAGCCCAGAAAUUUCACCUCUGGGUUGGGAAGCAUGCCUCACGUUAUGAAUCUCCUGUUCUAGCGGGGUCUCUGAGUUCGAGUUUCAAAGCUCUCGUUGCCUCUGCCCAGGAGGUUCGAGCAAUUGGAAAUGCUGAAAGGGGAACAAUAGAGAGUACACUGCUGGACCGGCUACUAGAGGACGAAAAAAAUGGCGGCGCGUUACUAACUCUGCCCGCUCGGAAGCUCGCGCUCAGUAUGCUAUGCUCCGAGUUUGAAUGCCCUGCCUCCUACCGGAAUGAUAUAUACGGUGAGGAUGCAGCUGCUGAAGGAAUGGCUGCUGUUGUAUGGAAGUCCUGCAGAGGGAAUUCUUCCAACAAACAAUAUAUGUCUUGGGCUGCGCGGGUUCUUGGAAGAGCCUUUGCGGCUACUGGGCAUGUGCACCAGGAGCUUUUGCAGGAAUCCACUUUGUCAAAAAUUAAGGAACUGAAAAUAUCAUCCAAAGUCAGUUCUUAUUCAAGAGCAUGUAUAUUGAGUCUUUUACAAUCGUUGGUCUUGGGGGAUAAUGGCUCGACGGUGGGAAUUGUCGAAACGGCUUUGCGUAUCAUUUUUACAACUUCAGACGCGCAGAUUUUGGAGAUUGGCCGUCAAAUUCUAUCGUCCCCAGUUUUUGACGCGUCAGCGUGGAAUCCUUAUCCUGUUCCUCCAUGUGAGAUGGCAGGACCUACAGAUGACAAGGAUAGCUUAAGGAAACAUCUCGAGGCAGAUUGCAUUCUUUCUCCUGAUUGGUUAAGAGAUCUCUCUAUUGCAUUGGUCAGAGCUGUCCCUAAAGAUCCCAUACUGUGCGCCUUAGCACCAGUUCUUCGGAACGUGCCAGACUUUGCUAAUCAAGCAUUCCCGUUCAUCCUUCACCUCGUGCUCUCUACCGAUUCGCCUGCACAAAAGAAUAACCGUAAUCAAAUUUCUAAUGCAUUUGCGGUGUGGUUCUCCAGAGGAAAAUCCGUCGAAAGGAACAAUCUAAAGGCUAUAAUUAAUUCGAUUCUGUAUUUACGGACGCAACCUCUGCCUCACGAGAAGUCUUCGGCGGAUCGUCUGCAUUGGCUGGAUCUUGACUACCUCAAAGUCGCCACAGCCGCCAUACAUUGUGGAAUGUUCAAAACGGCUUUGAUAUUCGUUGAAGAACACCAUUUGAUCCCAGUAAAAUCGUCUAGACGGUCUUCAACGACCAAAGAUGGCGGUGAGACCCCCGAGAUACCCACAGACUUGCUUCUCUCAAUUUUUGAGAACAUUGACGAUCCAGAUCUAUAUUACGGGGUGCAGCAAACAGCCAGUUUAAGCACCAUAUUAGCAAGACUGGAAUAUGAGAAAGAUGGGCCUAAAAGUCUUGCUUUCAGAGGUGCACAAUAUGACAGCCACGUUAAGCAGCGAGACCCCAGAGCUGCCCAGGAUGCGCAAUCUCUUGUUAGUGCGUUGGACAUGCUUAGCCUUAGUGGACUUUCUCACUCUCUGCUACAAGCACAACAGGGUUCUGGAAUAGCUGGCACAUCUUUAGAUUCUAUGUUUCGCACCGCACGUAAACUAGAACAAUGGGAUAUCCCUGUUCCUACCAGCGAUAAUCACUCAGUCACUCUCUAUAAAGCUUUCCAAUCAGCUCAUGUUGCCACAACCCGUGGAUCUUUCAUGAAAGUAAUCAACGAAGGACUUGAGGGAACAAUGGAACGACUCGUGCGAGAUGAUCUCAGCGCCAGUGCUCUUCACGAAUCUCUUAGAACCCUAGCGGCUCUUUCCGAAAUGGAUGAAGUACUUAGCUCUCGGGGAUCUGAAGAGUUUGAAGAGAUUCUGUCAAGGUUUCGAAAUCGUUCCGAAUGGAUGAAGACGGGGAGGUUUGAUGACAUUAGUCAGUUGAUUUCUUGUCGAGGGACAACUUUAAGCACCCUAAGCCAGCAACCGCGUCUUCGAGACAUACUCAAUCUCUCCUCCAAAGAUACCAGACUAGUCGAGGUACAUGUUGCCCUCAUGGCUUCAUCACUAAAUCGUGACCACGGCGCCUUACAAGAAUCUUUAUCUCUGACAACUUCUUUGAUUGAUCUUAUCAAACCGUGCCAGUCUCUUGGUUUAAAAAUUGAAGCUGCUGUUCAUAUGGAGACCGCAAAUGCCUUGUGGGAGCAAGGCGAAAUGACGUCCUCGAUAGGUAUAUUACGAACUUUGGACAAUGCAUCCUUCCUAAAAGCGCAGACUAUAUCUGUUGGUCGUCCUGAUCUCUUAUCAAAGAUUGGUCACCAAGUUUCCGAAGCUAGACUUGAGAAGCCUGAUCGAAUCAUUGAGAGAUACCUAAAACCUGCCCUUAAGGAUUUGAAAGGUUCCGAUGGCUAUGAAGCUGCGAAAGUUUUCCAUCAAUUUGCCGUGUUUUGUGAUCAACAACUGCAGGACCCUGAUAGUUUGGAAGAUUUGGAGCGAAUGAAGAAGUUAAGCGAGAUGAGAUCUAAUGAUGUCGCUGACUACGAGGAACUUUUGAGGAAUGCAACAUCUUCAUCAGAGAGACAAAGACAUCAAAGUUAUCUCAAGAAAGCCAAAACUUGGCUCGGACUAGACGAGCGAGAAUAUCGCCGCCAUUGCUCCAACAGGGACGAAUUUCUACGCCAAUGUCUGGAAAAUUACCUUCUCUCAUUAGCUGCUUCGGACAAUCAUGAUAGUAAUGCGCUAAGAGUCACCGCUCUAUGGCUUGAAAACUCUGCAGAGAACUUUGCAAAUGAAGCUGUAGCCAAAGUUUUGCCCAAGGUGCCUAGUCGAAAAUUUGCUACGCUCAUGAACCAGCUCAGUUCUCGGUUGCUUGAAAACGACUCAAAAUUUCAGCAGCAUCUCUUUGGUCUAGUUCUACGGAUCUGUAUGGAUCAUCCAUACCACGGCAUGUACCAAAUAUAUGCUGGGUCCCACAGUCGGCCAAAUACCAAGGAUGAAGUAGCUAUCUCGAGAAAUAAGGCAACCCUCAAGGUUUCAGAGCAACUACAAAGAGCUGAGAGUUCGCGGGCAAUUUGGACUGCGUUGAAUUAUGUUAUCCAGCCAUAUACUCAGCUUGCGGGCGAGAAAGAUGAUCAGAAGUACAAAACAGGCAAAAAGCUCUCGAUUAAAGAUUCCCCCUGGGGUCUGAGACUCAACAACAUUCUAAAGAAGUACCCAAUACCUCCUCCGACAAUACAAAUAAAUCUUCGCGCAGAUAAAGAUUAUUCCAAGGUGCCAAAAAUGGUCAGAUUCGAGUCGCAGAUGAGUAUAGCAUCAGGAGUAAGUGCACCGAAAAUCAUCACUGCUGUGGCGGAUAAUGGAGCGCGAUUUAAACAAUUGGUAAAAGGUGGCAACGAUGAUCUGCGCCAAGAUGCCAUCAUGGAACAGGUAUUUGCUCAAGUUAGUGAACUCUUGAAAACAAACAGAGCUACUCGGCAGAGAAACCUAAGCAUCAGAACCUACAAAGUCCUACCAUUGACCUCCAUAGCUGGAGUCAUUGAAUUUGUGCCCAACACAAUUCCCUUGCAUGAAUAUCUCAUGCCAGCACAUGAGCGCUUCAAUCCAAAAGAUCUGAAAGGGAAUGCAUGUCGUAAAGAGAUUGGGGAAGUUCAAGGUCAACCAACUGAAGUACGAAUCAAGAAAUAUAGAUGGGUCAUCGACCGUUUUCGUCCCGUUAUGCAUUACUUCUUUACAGAGUAUUUCAACGAUCCCGACGAAUGGUUCACCAAGCGUCUAGCAUACACUCGUAGCACAGCUGCUAUAUCGAUUCUAGGACACGUUCUCGGAUUGGGCGACAGGCAUGGUCACAACAUUCUUCUUGAUUUUGAGAGCGGUGAGGUAGUACAUAUUGACCUUGGUGUGGCUUUUGAAAUGGGUCGGGUUCUUCCGGUCCCAGAAUUGGUCCCUUUCCGUCUCACUCGCGAUAUUGUCGAUGGGAUGGGCAUAACAGAAACCGAAGGUGUAUUCAGACGCUGCUGCGAAUUCACUCUUUCCGCUUUGCGUAAGGAAGUUUAUAGUAUCAUGACUAUUCUUGACGUUCUGCGAUAUGAUCCAUUGUACAGCUGGUCUAUAUCACCCGUGCGACUUGCAAAAUUGCAGGUGGCGCAGAGUGUUGCGCCGGAACCCGGUAUGGGACACCAGAGAGGUGGUGAGAGGUUAAUUGUCAAUCAACCGAGUGAAGCUGAUAAAGCUCUGACCGUGGUCAACAAGAAAUUGUCAAAGACGUUAAGUGUAGAGGCCACAGUCAAUGAUUUGAUCAAUCAAGCGAGGGAUGAGAAGAAUUUGGCAGUUUUGUAUUCAGGUUGGGCUGCAUACGCGUAG